CCGGCGCACUAUGCGAGGCCGGGAGGAUGGCGGUGGAAGCUAUCCAUUGCAAUCUGAAUCCAAAUGGUAUUGAUCACCCUGUCCCCACAGAAGGUAUUAAUCUGCAGCUUGAAGGCGAAGGAGUUGAUUCACCCACGGUUAAGAGCGCUGGUGCUCCAAAAGGGCCUGAGUCAAAAGACACACCCAAGAGACAAGUGGAGCCAGAAAUAUCUAAGUCUGGGACUGUAAAACUGACCAAGCCUGUGGCGUUAUGGACCCAGCAGGAUGUCUGCAAAUGGCUGAAGAAACAUUGCCCUAAUCAGUAUCAAAUCUACAGUGAGUCAUUCAAACAGCAUGACAUAACUGGUAAAAUCCUAGUUGUGACCAGCACUGAACUGAUGCAGAAGUCUUCCUGUCCAUCUGUAGCCAUCCAGACAAAUGCUUGCUGCUCAGAAGGAGGAAUUGACUGCCGUGCUUUGCUGAGACUUACUGACAAAAAGCUUGAACGGAUGGGCAUUGCCCAGGAAAGCCUGCGACAGCACAUUCUGCAGCAAGUCCUUCAGCUGAAGGUGAGAGAAGAAGUCCGAAACCUCCAGCUGCUUACACAAGCCCCAGCAGAGAGCUCUCCAUAAACAUUUCCAGCCUCUAAAGCUGCUGUCCUGCCACUUGAUAUGAAAGUGAACUUUCCUUCACGAAAACAAUAAAUGGCGCUGCCAGAAGAUGACCAUGGAGGAUUGAAGACAAACUUGGAGCAAAAUCAGCCCACUCAGCUGAUACAUUCUGGGGAGACCUGGUUUGCUGUGGAGUAAAUAUGUGGUGCAAAAUAUCCAAAAUAUCUAAUUUGUUGAAAAUGGUCAUUGACAGACCUUUAGCUGGAAAAUUUCUUCCAGUCUUCAUCACUGUGCAUAACUUUUGAGUUCCCUUUAGGGGACUGUCUAUGCCCUUCACUAGAAGUCCUGUUUUAGCAUGGCAACUACUGGAUUCUUUUAUUAUGUAUGCAGAUGGCAUGAUGUUUUAGGAAAAACUUACAACAAUUCUCCAAUCUCAGUGGAUAUGUUCACAAUAUUACACCCUGAUAGGAAUGUAGACGUCUUGUAUGUGUUAGUUUUGCAGUCUAAUGGUAUUCUGUUAAACAAUAUCAGCACUUCAUAUGUGCUUUUCUCACAGAACUAGCACAGUCCAUAUAUAUAUAAUGGUCCUUUUUUUAAAAUACUGAGGAUAUGUUUCAGUGUUUGUGCUGAGACUGCAUCCAAACUGAAGCCCUGUACUAGCAUCCCUUCACUGACUCACAGUAGGUUGUGUAGAUAGAUUUGCACGUGGCAGAGAUGUGACUUCUUUUAUCAAAACUUAGAGAACAGCUGUCACAGAGGUAGCCAGGAACAGGGUAGUUUGAAUGAGCUGUAGGAUGCUGUGUCUGCUCUCCCUCUCACCCACCAAAUAUCACAGGGUCUCGUUUCUGGUGUGCCAGCGUGUUUUCUAACUCAGCGAGGGAGAGAGCCUUUCUCAGACAUGUAUGUGACCCUGGGUUUGGUCUGCAGUAAAACCAGAAUAAACUGGAAGAAUUCAGGUUCUUUAUGCUGGCCACCACUUAUGUUUUGGGCAGGGCUGGGAAAUUGUAGUCCAAACCAAACUCUCUAAAAAGGUAAAGUGUAAGACUAUACUUCUAAGGAGCAAGACACUCCCUUUGGAGAGGGCAGAUUUCUUCAUUAACUUUUUCCACUUUCUACUGAAAACAGUAUUUUGGUAGGAACUGGGAAUAAGCAAAUGGUUCCAAUAAGCCUUUCAAUAUACUGUAGCAGGCUCAAGACUGUUGCAUUCAAUCUGAACUUUGUUUUUUGUUCAGUCUCUGAAUGGCUGACCUCAUCACUGGUUGUAUCACAGCUGGCUGUGGUACUGUUUCUUCCAUGGGGACUCAGUGGAAUUUGUGUCUGUCCCUUACAUCAGGACCUUCUCAGCACACUUUAUAAUGAACUGAUAUCAUAAACAUACUGAGUGGGCUUACCUCUUUGUUCCUUCUUUUCUUAAAAUCAAAGGUAGCUUUUUUGUGUACUUAAAGACUGUCACUCUCUCCAGCCUGAUAAACAGAUACUCUAGAGCUGCUGUUAGCAUUUAUUCCAAACUCUGGGUGAGAUAAUUCUGUGUGAAGAUGCAGUGAUGGAGAGAAUGUGCAGCUAGAGUAAGUCACAGGUACCUUUCUGGGAGAAGCUCCUGUGUUAUAAUUCUUAAAAAUUAUUGUGCAGUUCAUUUCUAGAGAAUGGAAGGUCAACCACUGAGGGUGCCUGUACAACAAACAGAUAAUUAUCUUCAGGGUUUAAUUUUUUUUUAGAUGGUUACGGGCUUAGGUUUCAGCUCUCCACCCAUCUCAGAUUCAGCAUAGUGGAUACUUCUAUAGUAUUCAGUCCAAAAGCAAAUUAUUUUUACUGGUGACAAAGAUUUUCAGAAGUUGCUAGUGAUUUUUAAUGGUUUGGGUCUUUCCGUGGAUUCUCAAAUGGAGCUCCCAAGAAUUACAGAGCACUAAGCUUCUACAUUUUCUUUCUGAAAAUCCUAGUCCCUAAUUUCAAAUUAAUCGGUGUAAAAAUUCUCCUUAAAACAUAAGGAUCUUUGCCAAUUGCAACAUUUGCACUUUUUAGAGCUUUUCAUAGGGUUGCAGGUUGGAAUCUGAUACCAACAGAGCCGGCCAUGUGCAUGGCACAGGUCCACUGUAAGCUUCAGCAAAUUUUACAGCUCUUUCUGCUACAGGUUUUAAAAACGCACUCUGACAACUGACAUCAAUUUCAUGUUGGUAAAGCAAUUAAAAACAGAAUACUUUAAUUGAUAUGUUAAAUUAAAAGGAGAAUGCUAUACUUCUACAGUAGGAGUUCUCUUAUUUUACUACCCAGUGAAAAAAUCCAGACUAAUUUGAAUGAUAAAAGAAGAGUUUAUCAGAGAGUGUUAUCUUAAAAGGGUGUAUGAGAAGAAGUUGCGUGGCAGAGAGCCACUAGAAGCCUUUUUUGUAUCAAUGUUAGUUUUGAACAUCUUCCAGUAUAUGGGCAUGAAUUUAGAUGUGUGCACUUCUCCUGUUAAAACAGUUUGUUUUAAAAGCUUCCCAGGAUUUUAGCUAUGGUGACCUAGAAAAGCAGUGUUAUAGGCCCUGAGAAAUGUGAAAAUCAAGUCCAGACCCUUGAGUAGCCAGACUCAGAGAGAAGUCUGCUGUAGGUGCCUAUCAGACAAACCUCCCUUGAAGCUGGUGUGGGUCUCCAUCCUGCAGCCAGCCUAUGCAUGUGGAUAACUGCAGGCAUAGCUCCCCCGAGCCCCGUGACACUUCUCACGUGUGUAACUGUCUGCCAGAGCCAUAAGGAAAUAACUGUACUUUUUGGCUUGUAUUUAACUAUUCAUUGUGUUUGGAUUUUUUUAAUCAUUGUUAUUCUCCCAAAGUAGGCCAUGCUUCCUCAGGGAUAUUUAUGAAAUUGUUCUACAUCUCCUGAAUGACUAUCUGAAUCCCAGCGUAUUCUUCUGAAAAGUUUUUAAUAUAAAUAAACGUGUGGGAGAGAUUUUUGUUCUUAUGAAUGAGGCAGGUACUGUGUUCUCGGAAAGGCUGUUGAGUGCAGACAAUCAAGCCUAUUGCAUUUUUUAUGCCGAACACCUUAUUAAUAGCAGACAUAUCCGCUUUUGCCUGGGUCGCAGGAACAGUUCAGGGGAAAGAAUGCUUUAUCUCUAGUCAAUAAAUCAUUUAUGUCGAGAGUGCCAAAGACCAAGUCAACAUGAAAGGGAGCAAAUAAGUUAUUCCGGCAAAGGAAGUGAAUUUAAAUAUGCUCAGAGCCAUUAGUUCUCUGCAAAAGAGUGGAAGGCUAAUGCUGUUUUCAUAAAGCAGCCAUUAUCAGCCUGUGGAGAUAGAUAAAUUCAUAAAGGCCAUACUGCUGUUACAUUGAUCACCAGUUAUUAUCUCUGAGACAAGGCAGGGUUGUGACCAGGACCCUGCUCCCUGUGCAGACCUGCAGCCUUCCUCCCAGCCCAGAGCCUCCCCCUGCUGCCACACUCACCUGGUUUCUCUGUGUCCAGGCUGCAGCAUCAGACCCCACAAAGAAUCCCUGUCAGAAACUCAGCCAUUCCAAAUGCUUUGCACCAUGAGGAGUCCUCCACUAGAAACCUGAAGGAAUUGCUCACCCCAGAGAGCACACUGCAGCUGAGAUCAUCCUUUACACUGUUUUGUUCCCCAUUUUUUUCAUCUGAGUGGCUUUCUGUGCCUGAACACCUGCCAUUUAUUCUGUUUAGGGAAAGACAGCCUUCCAGGAGGGGACUCUGAAAAACCUUCAUGAGCUCUUUGGUUUUGUUUGUCCAGAUGCAUGGCAAUGCUGUACUAGUGAGUCCACCUCUCCCUGUCUCUUCUGUAGGGUAAGUGUUGUCACUCAACUGCAGCUGCAAUGUCAUUGAGGAAAUGAAACCAUUCAAAAUUACAAAAUUCUGGGUUUGCCCUGAAUUUUCAGAAGACCCUGUGCCAGACCCUGGCAGACUCCACUGGCACUACUCCAUCACAAUCUCCAGAGAUGUGUUGAUUAGUGCCAGCCAAAGAGCCAGCAUCAAGAUGAUAGUUUUUUGUGAUCACUAAAAUGAACCUCUCUCCACCUGCCACAAAGCCAAAAGAUCUGCAUUAUUCAAAAUAAAACAAAGUAAAACCCAGUAUCUUUCACAUUGGUCCUCUUUACCAUCUCUGCCAUCAGAGUCUCUUUGAACAGCUCUGCUGCAGGACUGCAAUUCACCCUGGUAUGUAUAGGCUGUCAAGAAGAUUUUAAUUUAAAAAGAGAGGGUCCUUUGGUAUAAUUACGAUUGAUGGCUGAGGGGAAAAUAUUACCAGCAUUACCUGCAACCUCCUAUAGUAAAAUUCAGGAAAGUAAUCUGGAGUGCAAAAAAAACCACCAACAUAAUGUAUGGGUGAUUGGGCAGGCUCAUGAGGAUAAAUCAGCAAGUAAGGAAAGUAGAUGCUUAAUGAAGGAAGCCAAAAAUGUAUGGGAAGUCAGUGGCAAAUAGGUUAGGGCUGGUUACACCAAAGACUUUACAUAUAUCCUAAUAAAUACCGUCAGAGCAAAGGUAAGUGUGAUGUUAGACAGACCCAGCACAGAGAUUGCUCACACUACACUGAAAACCCAACAAAUAGUCUUGUUUUGUAUUUGAAAGCAGUGGAAGGAGGGAGUUAGAUUACACAUUAAAAUGUAAUUCCUCCUACUCCAUCAGUAAUUGCAGGUAAUAUUAAGCAGUAACUAUCCAAACAUAAUUUUAAAUUUGUAGAACCUUUAACUGAAUCCAAAAGUGAAGGAAAAUAUUGCCUAGGACUUCUCAGAACCAGAAAGCAUAAAGGAAGCUUCAAAUGACACCUGACCCACAAUAGUUCAAAAGAAUGAGUGGUUUGGUCCAGAAAACUAUAGAGUCAUCAGCUUCCUAUCAUGGAAAAGUUGAUAUGCCAUAAUCAUUAGAGCAAUUGAAAAUUGAUAAAACCCUCCAUAUUAUUUUUAUAGAACUGUAUCAUGCCAAAUAAACUUGCUGUUAUUUUUGUGAUGUCAAAGGAUUGUUGAGAAAAGAAGCUCUGCUGGCAUACUAUACUUAGCCUCCUAUAGAGCAUUUGAUUCUGAUAAAGAACAAAAUAGCACAAUGCAAAACAAAUAUCAUCCAUAUUAAAUUGAUUAAAAAUGGAUUACAGGCUAGAUCACAAAAAAUAGCUGUAAAUAUUAAUUAUCCUCAGUGAGACUAUUUCUGAUCAGCACCUCCCAAGGUAUGCUCUAUUUUCAAUAUACCCCCCAGGGAAAGAGAAAAUUAUUGUUGGCAACAGCCAGAGAUGACAGGGGCACAAUAAAUAAUGAUCUGAGCAGGUUAGUGGUGGAGAACAGCCUGGAGGACAGAAAAGUUAAAAAUCCAGGAGAGGUGGCAGCAAGUCCAACUUAGAAGCAUGGGGAGUAUGUCUGCAAUAAUACAGUGGCUGUGAAGGUGUCAUAAAUUAUCUCUUCAGCAUCAGCCCCAGAGAUUCUCUUGCCAGCUGGGAUGUAGGACCUGGCAAUAGUGGUGCCAUUCCAGUUUAUUUGGUCACUGUCAGUCUUUCAAAAAAGAUAUUGACAACUUGGAAAGAUUAUUUUCAAUAGUUCCCAGUGUCAUUCAAGGGCAGGAAAACAGGUCUUAUUAUAGUGUCAGACUAAUGAAGCUCAAGCUAUUUAUUUAUCAGAGGCAAUUUGAAGAGGUGACUUGAUCUCUGUCUGCAAUCACAAUCUUCUACCUGGGCAGGGAAGUGCUGUCUGAAAGCAGGUAGCUCUUAUGUUUAGAAGAAAAGGGAAUGAUGUGCUCUACUGGUUGGAAACUGAUUUCAGGCUAGAAAUUAGGUGCAAAUACUCAACAGGGAGGAUGAUUACCCAUGGAGACAACUUAGUUACCUGGUAUGUUCUCCAUCACAUGAAGUCUUUAAAGUAUGCAGAGUAUUUUUAUAAGUCAAUAAGCUCUACCUCAAACUGAAAUCCAGGCUCGGUGCAGCAAUUACUGGAUGAAGUUAUUAGGCAUGUAUUAUGCAAGGAUUAGACUAGAUCAUCAGAUGUAAACUUCUGAAUUAAAAAUAUCCUGAAGUUUCCAAUAUUACAGGUAGGCAGGGCCAUCUAUAUCCUUUUUUCACAAAAUGAUAUUAAUUUAAACAGCUUCUGUGGAAAGCUGUGCAUUUGGUAUGAGCAUCAGUAGGUCUGCUCACAGCUGUAAGGUUCUGCUGCACAUAACUGAGGAAGAGAACUGGAUAAGAAAGGACAACAAAACCCUUGGAUAUUCCAAGAGUCUGUAGCCUUUCAUUGAUAGCAGUCUGGGACAAAAUGCUGCAUGCAAAUGAUGGGGCCAUGUGGAUGUGUAGUCAAAGCAAGGGAUAACAGCUGUGGAUUUGCCUCUUAAGAGGUAACAUCUUGCUGGCAAGAAACAGAUUUUCCUGCCUGCAAGAACUGGCAGAGAAGCUGCAGUGCUGAUGGAGAGGGCGAUUGUAUCACUGUGCAGCUGAGCAUGGUACACAAGUUCCUUGCUUCAAAGACAGCAAAACUUUUGCUCUUAUGAUGAGCCCCACUGGAGCUGGUUAAUAAAACCCUGGAAGUGAAAUUACAUCAGUGAGAUUACCCAGAGAAAUGACAGCUGCUCCCAGCUGUGGUUUUUUGCCAGAUUGGUCCUGUUACCAUUGGCUGGUUUGAAUGUUGUCCUUCAGAAAUAAACAAAGGAGUACUCAGUGUCUGAUGCAGAUUUCACAAAACUGCUGUUGAUGUGCACAAGGCAAGUGUGAACCAUUGGAGUCAUCUUCCAUGUGCUUCAUCAAGUGGUGGGGAAAGCACUAACUGGCUUGUGUGGUCUAAAGAGUAAACAGCUCACACAAACAAGGGAAACUAUAAAAGCAAUACUUACUGCAGAUUGGUAUGAGACAUCUUGCAGCUCUGGAGGAGAGCAUUCUGUGACAGGCAUGCCUGGGGCCAGCCGGGCAGGAGCAAACCUGAACUGGCACAUGACUGUAAUAUCUGCUUCUGCCAUAAGAGUAGGACUGACAGCAUUAUCUGAGCUCAGGCUCAGACCAGGCUCAGUCUAAGAAGGAAAUGAAAAGCUCCUUUCUGAUACUAAUUCCAAAUAUAUCUAAAUAGUUUCUCAGAAAAAAAAAAUUCUCUGUAGUUGUUACACCUCUAAUCACAUUCCUUCUAUUAAGUAUUUGCCUUGAAUUUAUCUAUUUAAUAUCGUAAGUCGCCAAAUUAAAUAGCAAAACACAGGGGGUUUUUUUAAAGCAGAGAGAUUGGUAUUGCAGCAAAACUGCAUGUAAGCAAUAAGAAACUGUGCAGGGAAGGAAGAAAAACCUCAAAUUGUCCCAUCAGAUGCUUAGGGAACUUGCUCAGUUGGUUGGGUUUUUUUCAAUAUUGAGAGGGUGGCUUUACAUCUAGGCAGUUUUCCUUACAGAGCCAAGCUUUGGUCUCAAGACCAGAUACAUAAAUAAAUGUUUGGAGUCCUUUUAGCACUUUGUCUGCUUCCCUUGUAUGUAAGAGGCUCCUUCUUUGCACUUCUGAGAAAGGUGGAAAAGAGAUUAAGUGACAGUAGAAAAAGCACAGAGGGACAGGAGCUUCCAGCCUAUGCAAAGCAUCUCAGCAUGAGAGUCACAUCUCAUCCUUCUCCCUUGGAUCCAACACCACUGACCAAGGGGAGGAAUGGAGCCAUGUCAGGCUAACCCACAGGCAGAGCACAGUGUUCUGUCUGUGCUGGGUGGCUCCUGCAGCCAUGGCAGGAGACAUUUCCUGGCAGGACUGGACAGUACCCUGGCGAUGGGAAUGACCAGCAGUUCCCCAAAGAGUCUGUGUCCUCUGAGGAGAAGACUCCUUUGCUUUGCUGCAGAGAUGCUUGGCAAGGCUACGACAUGUAUUUUUAAAUUUCUCACAGAUAUUGCAGAAUCUGAAAGUGGCAGGGCAGUACUUUGGGAUAUGCUGGGCUUUGCUUUCAGUUCCCUGUAGGGACUGCAGCUACCUAGACCUGUUUCUUUUUCACUGUUUGGGUAGGAUGGGAGGAAUGCCUACCUGGCUCUGCACACCAUAAACCAGCAAAGGGGACUCUAAAUUUGGGGUCCUCUGUUUUGGGGAGUUGAAUUUAAGGUUGUUUGAACAUGACCUUGAGGAAAACAGGCAGCUGACAUCUGGAAUUGCAGUUGCACUUGAUUUGUCUCCAAAAAGGAGUCCAUGGACAGAAUCAGAUCCCAGGCUGUGCUGGUGCAUCCCCAUCAGCCACUGAUGAUGGACAGGAGCUGCAGGGAGUGAGAGGGAGGCUGGGAUCAAGGUCCUGGGAGAUCUGGUCACCUGAUGCAGGGCAGUGGGAUGCAGAAAGGCUGACUGCAAGCCCUUAGCUGUGGUCAAAACAGUCACCUGAAGCCAGCAAGUUGUGUCUGGUCCUGCUGCCUUUGGACUCAAUUCUGGUUUAGAUUCACUAAGGAAAUACUUUAAGCCAAUGAUCUCCUUUUAAUGUUAACUUGGUUGAUAAUCUAGGAAAAUGCCAGCACUCUAAUGCUUAUAAAGUGGCACAGUUAUUCCCAGUACAUCUAUGGCUGAACUUUUUGAUGAUGGAGCCAAAUGAGGCGGCAUGAGACAAAAGUGUGCCUUUUUGUUUGAUGUAUACUGCAUUUCCCCAGGCAUCCAAGGUGUUCAGCUGCACAGCAGUGCUUUUUUCCCAAAACAGAAAUUAUCAUGCAAACUAAUUCUUAGUAUACAAAGUGGCCAUCACUUAAUUCCACCUUACAGUUUUUAUAUUCAGUCUUUACUUCCUUCUGUUUUCAAAAAUCAACAGAAAAUAAAGCCCGGGCGGGAGGGAGGAGUUAUUUUAAACAAUAAAAUUAAAACCAAUAUCAAGUUUUUGGUAUCUUUGGGCAUGAUCUCUGGAAGCUUUGGGUAUCUGCUUUAUCAUUUUGUAUAUUUGACAAUUUUGUACUCUGCAUUGUUUGACUUCAUUUGUGCAUGGCAAUGUAUUAAAACAUGGAAUUUUUAUUAUACAGUAAAA